UCGAGUAUGCAGAAUUUAAAUGUCUUUCUGCUUCAACUGCUUUCAGAGUUAAAUAUUUAAAAUAUUUAUUCAAGCUAUCUGUAAAACAUGCUUUUCGGCAGAGCUAAGAAACUCGCUGUCUUCGCAUUUGCAGGAAUGGAAGCUUGAAGCAAAGGGAUCCAGACAUGACCCCUGGGUUCCCUGAUUCAUCGAGCUAAUAUAUAACUAUAAUAAUAUAAUUGCACUCUAAUGGACUGGUGCUGCAGACAGGGUGUACCCUGCCUGUGCCCUGUGUUUCUGGGAUAGGCUCUGGGUCACCGCAGCCCUGCACUGUACCAGCGGUUGAUGAAAACACUACAUGGAAAAAAAAAAACAAUAUAAUAAGGUAAUGGCUCAACAAUAAAAAAUAUAGUUUACAAUCUGGGCUAAAUUUAUAUGACAGGAGUGUCCAGAGGUGCGGUACAGAUAAUGCACUUCUGCAACAAUGGCAAUGCUACAAAGGAUUUUGCUCCCACCUCCAAGUCAUAAUAAAAAUGUCUUUAUAUCUUAUGUAUAACAGCAUGGAACAGAGCAUGCAGCCUCGUGUGUACUUUCGCUGGCUGCGAAUCUGUGUGACACACCUGCGGAGGAUGGGUUCCCACUCACGGGCGGCGCACUUGACCCUGGUUGUUUGUACCAUGUCUAUCAGACACCGUGGGUCGAGUGCUUUCUCAGUCUGCUCUUGGUCUGCACUGCGCCUGCGAACAGCUACCGUGUUUCACCACACCGCUGGGAUCACGCACUGGACUCCAGGCUCGGUAUGGAGACACUGGAAAAAGAGGGUCUGAAGAAAGACUAUAAGGAACCAGAUGACAACCAAGAUGGUAUUCGCCGAAGACUGAGGGACAGAGAGCUCCUGAAGAAGAGGAAGGCAGAGGCAGAAGAGAAAGCAACUUACCAGUGGGUUCAUGGAGGGCAGAGCAAAAGGCAAAGAGUUCAGAGUGAGAAGAGCAGCUCUGGCAAAAUAGGGCGGCCGAGGAAAUCGGACCCCAAAGACCAGCUGCCGAAGGCCCAGGAGGAACCCCCUGUGGAGGCCUCCAAUGCAGGGGCGGCGGCCUCUCUGGAAGCCGGCCCUGUGGGAGUGCAGAUGUCCUCCCAAACUGUACCUUUACUCCCAUCACUUGCUCCUGUUCUCACUCAGCCCCAGCCAGAGGAGAUUCUCAUUCCCUCCCUGGCAGACACACUGGGGCUUGAGACCAAGAGCAGCCAACCAGUGGAGGUGGUUCUGAUCGAGGAUCUGGGUCCAGAUGAGAACGAGGACAUACCACCUCUCCCGGAGGACCUGCCUUCUGACCGGGGGACAAUCGAGGAGUUAUCUGACUGCUUCACAGCCAGUAACCAAAUGUUCUCCAUCCCAGCAACCUCCCUACCUUCCUAGGUAGAUAAUCUUUCACGAAGUCUCGUCUGAGAAACCACAGUUGUGAGACCUGCAGAGCGACACCUUCCGAGAGAGAAAUACCGCAGUAUUUGGGCAAAGAGGAAGUGCAGCCUGGGGCUCAUUGAACUCAUGAUGAGCCUUUGUGUCAACAGUGUGUAACAUUUCAUGUAUUACAUUUUAAGCAAUUCUGUUUUUGCAUUAAGUUUAAUUCUUUUAAAGAACAAAAAGCAAAAAAACCUGAGAGUUAUUUAUUUUUGGAUCAUUUACAAGCCUUUUUUCUGGAAGAUUGAAGUUGUGUGCUGGUGACCUGUCCUUCUACGCUCUAAAAAAGGUUUUUAGAUGCUCGCGUAAUUUGCAGAUUUAAAUAUUAUUGCCUUAUCUUUUAUGAA